UUGAGGACGUGGUGUACAAGAUUAAACCCAAGAAAAAAGGAUUAAAAAUGUUCGAUAAAAAGAACAACUCAGAAGAAGAGAAAUUGAUACUGAAGGGACUAACAGGUGUGGUUAAACCCGGUGAAAUGCUAGCCAUGUUAGGCCCAUCAGGGAGUGGCAAAACGACUCUGCUCACUGCAUUGGGAGGAAGGUCUGCUAAUAAUGGAGGAAAGCUAGGUGGGAAAAUAACCUACAAUGGGAAACAAUUAUCAAACGCAAUGAAAAGGAACAUUGGAUUUGUUACCCAAGACGAUGUUCUUUGUCCUUUCUUGACUGUGACUGAGACACUUGUUUUCACUGCUCUGCUUCGACUCCCCAAUACUAUCCUAUCCAAAGACAUGAAAAUCAAUCAGGCUGAAGCUGUGAUCAACCAGUUUGGAUUGGCUAGGUGCAAAAAUAGCAUCAUUGGAGGUCCAUUCUUGAGGGGGAUUUCUGGGGGUGAAAGGAAAAGGGUGAGCAUUGGACAGGAAAUGCUUGUGAAUCCCAGUUUGCUUUUGUUGGAUGAACCCACUUCUGGACUAGAUUCGACCACAGCUCAGAUAAUUGUUUCCACAUUGUGGGAAUUGGCUAGAGGAGGAAGAACCGUUGCAAUGACUAUCCACCAGCCUUCAAGCAGAGUUUUCUACAUGUUUCAUAAGGUUUUGCUUUUAUCAGAAGGCAAUGCUGUGUAUUUUGGAAAUGGAUCAACUGUUAUGGAUUACUUUUCCGGUGUUGGUUACGCCCCUUCGUUCGCCAUGAAUCCUUCCGAUUUUCUUCUUGAUCUUGCAAGUGGUUUGACACCGGAUGGUUCGCAUGAGGAUCAAAAUGCAGUUAAGCAGGGUUUAAUUUCAGCUUACAAGAGCAAUCUACAUGAUAAUGUGAAGGCUGAGCUUCACCAACUCAACCUAGAACAAUCUCAGGAUCAAUAUGGACUAGAAGAUAAGAACUUUGGAGAAUGGCCCACAAACUGGUUGCAACAAUUCACUGUGUUGCUUAGCAGAGGAGUAAAAGAGAGAAAAUACCAAGCAUUUUCUGGCCUCAAAAUUGGCCAAGUCCUUGUAAUAUCCAUCCUUUGUGGACUACUAUGGUGGCAAUCAGAUGCUUCCCACAUACAGGACAAAAUUGGCCUCCUUUUCUUCAUGGCUGGAUUUUGGGGUUUCUUCCCUAUGUCUCAAGCAAUCUUCACAUUCCCACCGGAGCGUAAAAUUCUCUCGAAAGAGCGAGCUUCAGGGAUGUACAGGCUAUCAGCAUACUUCAUGUCAAGGAUAGUUGCAGACCUCCCAAUGGAACUAGCACUUCCAACAAUUUUCCUCACCAUAGCAUAUUGGAUGUCAGGGCUAAAACCCACAGCUGGGCAUUUUUUCCUCACCCUGUCUGCACUAUUGCUUAGCGUUUUGGUUUCUCAAGGUUUGGGAUUUGCUCUUGGUGCUUUGGUUAUGGAUCAGAGAUCUGCUACAACACUCGGAGCAGUCAUUAUGUUGUCAUUCCUUCUUGCUGGUGGAUUUUAUGUUCAAAAUGUGCCUGGUUUUAUUGCUUGGAUAAAGUACAUUUCGAUUAGUCAUUAUACUUUCAAGCUGUUUUUGGGUUCUCAAUAUUCAAUUAAUGAGACAUAUCAAUGCUCUGAAGAAGAUGUUAGCAGAAUUUGCAAGGUUGAGGAAUUUCCAGCAAUUAAGCAGGUGGGUCUUGGUGGACAAGCUAUUUCUGCAGUGGCCAUGUUAUUCAUGCUUGUGGGUUACCGAUUGAUUGCUUAUAUUGCUCUCAUGAGAGUUGGGGUAACCAGAAAAUAAUGUUCAUUUUCAGUGAUUUUAGAUUUUUAUUUUUAUUUUUUAUUUUUAAUUUAAAAUAAUACAUAUUAGAUACCGAUUCAAACUCUAGACUUUGCUACCAAAUGUAACAUUGCCUUUGUCACU